AUGCUGAUUUCUAUAGUGCUCUCCAUAGCAUCAGCAUGCAGCAUGGAAACGCCUUUCACUGAGGAGCCCAGUCAUGGGAUGGGUGUACGCUUCACUCAGCGUGGAUUGGAAAAAUUUUGCCAGAAAGGUUAUGCCCUUAUUCCUGAUAUCAUCUCUGCAAUGCCUUCACUUCAGGUCCCAGAAGUAACUGUUGGACCUCUCAAGUUUACUUUGUCAAAUGUCAAACCUCGCGCAGCGCGCGUCUCGACUAUGAAGGUUCAUUUGCAGGACAACAACUUUGUCAAGAUGGAGGCCCGGGACGGACUCAUGCAGAUCUCGAUGCGGCUCAAGGCAGUCAUCACCGGGAUCACCGGGACCGUCGACUGCAUCUUCACCCUCAAGGAUUUCGGGGCAGACAUCUCCCUGAGGCUCGGGGAUGACUCCACCUGUCCCUACCACUUUGGGCUCUCCGAGAUAUCAAAUGUCGUGUACUCGUCUGGGUUUGACAUCGAUGCCAUCGGACUUGACACGGGGGGAUCUGUCCUUGCAACUGCCAUCCAGGGCAUGGCGCCCACGUUGGAGGAUUUGAUGAAGAACACUGUGCUGCAGUCCCUCCUGGACACAAUCUUCAAUUCAGUAAAACAGUCAAUGCUUAACCUGCUCACAGUUGUCCAGAUCGACGACUAUCUGACUGACCAGCGCUACAUCAACGGCAUCAAUGUCGUCGAUAACAAGAUAGUGGCAGACCAGGGUGGCUUUUCAAUGAUCAUCACUGUCCCAGAUUGGUCGGUUAGAGCUCUCUAUCCAAACAAGAUCACCUCUCCCCCUCCGAAGACGGUCUACACCGACCGAGACUAUGAGUUCUAUGUAGACAGGGAAUCAGUUAACUCCUACCUGUAUGCCUGGCAUGUGGCGUAUGACAAGUUCAAGGCAGAUAGUCUCACUGUCCCGUACAGCACCAUCAGGGGGCAGAACAUACCCGGCCUUGCAGAGGCCCUUGUGAAGGCCGGACUACUAAGCACUGUUAACGACCUUGGACUCGGAGUCACUCUGACUCUAUCGAUCAGUCCCUCCAAGGAUGCCGCACCCCACAUACCGUGGAUCGGGGCGGCUGCGCUACCGGUCAACCUCACGGGGGCACUUUCUGUAACGGCCAGUAAGGCUUCCACCUCUGCUUCUAAACUGUUGGUUAGUGCAGAAGGCAAUGUGCUCUUUGUUUCUGCGCUUAAGCUUAGAAAGUUCGUUUAUGGGUUUGGUCUUGACCAAGUCUAUGCACAUAUAGAGUUUCUUGAUGUGUACGAAAUUGCUAUCAUCAAGAAUAACGUUGGAUCUAUACAUGACUUCAUCCCUCUGUUAAAAUUUCUGCUUCUAAAUAAGUACCUCCCAUUUGCCAAUCCAAUCCUCACUGAAACAGGGAUAUGGCGUAUGAAUGGGAACUUUAUUAGUUAUGAUGCCAUCAGUACCAUUUAUUUAUGCAACGAAGAUAGAGUGCUUUUUGCUACUGAUGUAGAAAAGAACCAAUACUUCGCUUGA